CUCUUUCAUACACACACAUCGCCUAACAAUUCUCCUCUUUCCAGUGGUUCGCCGGUCGUCCUGUCAUGAAACCCUCUCGUUGAUAUUUCAUAUUACUUUGGCUUCUUUCAAUCGAUAAAUCACCUAACUUUCCAUCACUUGACGCUGUGUGUGGGUGAUUACUUACAAGGUUUAGCACAGGGUUUACUUACGAGGGUGAGCACAAUGUCAACUCCUGCUAGAAAGAGGCUUAUGAGGGAUUUCAAGAGGUUACAACAAGACCCUCCUGCAGGCAUUAGUGGAGCACCCCAAGACAAUAAUAUAAUGCUGUGGAAUGCUGUAAUAUUUGGCCCGGAUGACAGUCCAUGGGAUGGAGGUACGUUUAAAUUGGCUCUACAAUAUUCAGAGGAUUAUCCUAAUAAGGCACCAACUGUGAGAUUUGUUUCUCGUAUGUUCCACCCAAAUAUUUAUGCUGAUGGAAGUAUUUGUUUGGACAUCUUGCAAAAUCAAUGGAGUCCUAUCUAUGAUGUUGCUGCUAUUCUCACCUCCAUCCAGUCGUUGCUUUGCGACCCAAACCCAAACUCUCCUGCGAAUUCAGAAGCUGCGCGGGCAUUCAGCGAAAAUAAACGCGAGUACAACAGGAGAGUGCGAGAGAUUGUUGAGCAGAGCUGGAAUGCUGACUAAAUCGGUUAUAUCAUAUAUAUAUCCAUGUAAUAAAAAUGUACUUUAAGACAUAUUUUAUUUUAGACAUUGUACUAUUUUAUAUGUAAAAUAAAUAUCUGUUUUGAUUUUCUUUCAA